CUAGAAGAUCAUUGUUUCCGUUAUAGACCUUGUAAUGAUUUUAUUCCGAGGCGCGUAAAGUUAAAGAAAUCUUCAGAUCCCCUAAAACCCUCUCGCGAACAAUUGAUAGUUGGCUCCCCUCUUCCGGAGGCGAGAGAGGUAGGGCAGGGUGAACCGGCUACUACCGGGUGGGAGGAAACCGAUGGAAAUAUACCACGCAACAUUGAGACAUGAAUGCUGUGGAACGUGGAACGUGGGACAGCACAUGCUACCUGCAUACCAACUGCGGGGUUGCAUCUUCCCCUCCUUAUAAAUGUCAUCUUGUUUGUUGGAACCAGCUUCGAACUUUAUUGCUCUCAGGAACUUCCAUCAAGUACAGUAAAAUCACAAGAAAAUUACGAACAACACAUGAGCAAUAUGGCAAGCACUGAAACAUCCAGCAGCAGUGCGGUCACCGAAAACCAAGGAAAGCGGACUGCGAUUGUCACUGGAGCUGCAAGAGGAAUGUAAGAGAUCAGAACAUCGAACCUUCUGUAACUCGCUAAAGGCAUAUUUAGAGGAAAGGCAAUUGCGCUCCGACUUGCUAAGGAUGGUUACGAUAUUUGUAUCAAUGAUCUAUCACUCAAUCAAGCUGGAAUCGAUGAGGUAUUUUUGCCUAUAUCCUCAAAUUUCAUUGUGUAUGAUCUUCCAAUAUACUCAUAUAACUUCCAGACUGUCAAGGAAAUUCAAGCUCUCGGCAGAAAAUCAUACGGACACACAGCGGACGUAUCAAAGCGUUCCGAUGUAGAGGCCCUCGUCGAAGCCUCUGUGCAAAACCUUGGUCCUCUAAACACCAUGGUCGCCAAUGCAGGCAUCAGUCAAGUCAAAUCAGUUCUUGAGAUGACAGAGGAGGACGUGAGCCAUAUGUUUGAGAUCAAUGUCUACGGAGUAUUCAACUGCUACAGUGUUGCCGCAAAACAAAUGAUAAAGCAGGGAAAUGGAGGGAAAAUACUCGGUUGUGCAAGGUAGGCCUUCUCCCCUCGAUAUUUCUCGCUCGUUAUCUUCUCUGAUCGUAUAUUGUUUUCUACAACAGCAUAGUAGCCUUUCGACCAUUCGUGAAUAUGACCCAUUAUUCAGCAUCCAAGUGGGCAGUUCGAGGUUUCACCCAAGGGUUUGCAAUGGAACUUGCUGAACACAAAAUUACUGUCAAUGGAUACGCGCCUGGUAUCGUGGGCACGCCGAUGUGGGAGAUGUUAGAUGAAAAACUAGGUGAAAAGCUUGGCGCUCAGAAAGGAGAGACGAUCAAGCAGUUUGGCGAAAAGAUUGCGUUGGGUAGAUUGAGUGUACCGGAUGAUGUGGCGAAAUGUGUUUCCUAUUUGGCUGGUCCGGAUAGCGAUUACAUGACAGGACAAACUUUGAUUAUUGAUGGAGGUAUACAGUUUAGUUGAGUGUGGAGGACCUUCAGAGGUAUGAAGUGACGGCGUCGUCAGGGUUAUUUGGUCCCUUUUUAGGCUUAAUCUAACGAGUCGCUCUGUUUGAAAACAGGCUUAUGGGGAGUUCUUCAAUUAAAAAACACAUUUUUGUCCUAGAUACUCUCAAACUACAUAGCUAAUUCGUCCCCGUGUCGGUGGUGAAUAUCCCC